CGUCUUGUCGGUCACGUGGGAGUCUGUGGACGAGGACCAGUGGGGAAAGUGGCGUGUCCACAUUCAUACUGCAUGCAGACUUCGUGGAAACAACCCGUGAUUUGUCCGGACUGACGGCGGCGCGAGCUGUUUCUGGGACCGUCGCGGUGCGCGCGGCUCGCAGGGGGAGCGAGCCUUCACCGGGAAGGAAUGCGGCGGUUUGUGGAUGUUUUCUGGUAGAAAACAUGUCUUAACUCCUCCCUGCUCCGGGCUUUCUUCUUCUGAUUCUUCGUUGUUUGUAUGUUGUUGUUUUUCUUUUUGUUUACUGGGCGCGUGUCUGGAGGCGCAUUCAUGGACUUGUGGCGUUGACGCCUCUGAGGACGGAGGCAGGCGGAGGAGGAACACCCAUGAAAAUGAUGCAUCAUGGAGCGUCUCCGUGUAAACUUUGACAGCAUGGGAAGCGGCAGAGACACACACCCUCCCGGUUCCUUCUCUCUGAUCUUCUUUCCGUGAAUGUUUGACUCUUCUGCUCGUGGCCGAUACACGCACAUAGAGGACCUGCCAGGGGACGGCACGCCGGUGUGUGUUGUGAUGCUUCUUCUCCAUUUCUUUACUGGUGUCAGUUUUGGUGUCUCUAUCCCAGAAUGGCUCGCUUUGAAGAGGAACUCUCCAGCCGCUAUGGAGGCAGCUGCCCCGCGGGGCCGGCCAGAGGGGCCAGCCGGCAGCCGGGGCCUCCGCUUGGGGGCCAGAGGGUGUACAAGCAGACGAUGGCCCAGAGAGCCCGGACCAUGGCUAUCUACAACCCAAUUCCCGUUAAACAGAACUGCCUCACCGUCAACCGCUCGCUGUUCAUCUUCAGCGAGGACAACAUCAUCCGGAAAUAUGCCAAAAAGAUCACAGAAUGGCCAUAUCCUUCCAGCCCGGCUCACACAGCCGGUUCAGCCAGUUCACAACCAUCCCAAACACCAGAUGUCCCUCACUGACACGCUACAAUACGCGCAUAGUAACAGCUG